UUCAUUGUUACGAUUGUGGAAAUCUUCGAAAACAGCGCACGAUUCACGAACUAAUAAUUUCAGCUGCUACACUAAAACAUUAUUAGAGCAUACAAUAAAAAAAAGUGACAUAGGGCGGCGUCUGAAGAUCUGAAGUCGAUAACGGUUCGUCAAUGCAUAAACAGUUAGUUUAUUUACGAGGUGAUGUGAAUCAACGGGAAUGAAUAAAAUGCGAAGUAAUAAGUACUAUAGCUGCGUAGAUGCAUCAAGGGUUAGUGUAGGCUACGCAUGGUGAAUUAUUGCUAUUUUUAUGUACUUCUGCAUACGCCGGGCGAUCGGCUGGAAAAUUACAAAAAUUGUCAUUAGUAUUGUUAAAUAUGAGUUCAGCAGCGUUAAGGGCGUACGCCCAAGAAUAUUUCAGCUCUAUUAAUUCAAUAGCUGAAAGAAUUCGGGCAGACGUCAAUACAGCCGUAACUGCGUAUGAAGAUUUGUGGCAUACGUUAAGUCCUGAAGACCAAAAUCAGGUUCUAGACGAUACCAUUAUACAUCCAGAGGCUGUACUGAAAUAUUCUCUCUGUCAACAAAAUGAAAUAGAAAUUGAAUGUUUUCCACGGCUACGUUUAGAAACGGGUUAUAAAUAUGUGACAGAUGACGACGGAGGAAAGGAACAAGCGGUGAAAUGGAGGGAUGAACACUCUGCACCAUUUACAUGGAUGACCCAGAGCCAACUGAAUCUCAGCAUUAUGGACUCCACUGAAAAAGACAGCAGGAAACCUCCAUUACAGUCUUCUGACACUUUAUUUACACCAUCAAAGAAACCUUUCACCACCUCUGACGGUUUUGUAGACCCACCAGAUGUAGUGUUGGGUGGUUCGUCAUCUCGAUUGGCAGCUAGUCUUAGUCCAAAAAUCAACUUAGCAACAAAAAAUCCUUGUGGAGAAGAUAGCUUACUAACAAAACUUAAAAACAAGACAGCAGUAUUAAAAAUACAGACAACUUUGAAAUCCACAAUGGGCAAACCAGAACCAGAGAGAGUUCCUUGUCAAUCUGAUAAUGACAAGCAAGCCCUUGUUCACACAAAGACAAUCCGCAGUACUUCAAACAAUUUGAAGAAUACAAAGAAUUUGGGUAAUAAACCACUGGUGUCUAAACCAAAGACUCCUCCUCCACCACCUCCCACAAAACAGAAACAUAUAUCAGAAACCAAGCUAGAGGAAGAUCCUGAAAGAAAAGCUUUAUUGCCAGGUGCUCCUACUAGUGGUCAGAACUCUAAAGAAACUAAGGAACAUUUGGUAGUGAAAUCUACUACUUCCAUUGAUUCAAUUGAUUUAGAUGAUUUCCGUAUUAAUCUGAAUAGCCCAUCAAAGGAUGUUCCAAAAACAGGUUUUGAUUUCCUAGACAACUGGUAGUUGUGCUUCAUUUUUUGCAUUUUUCUUUUGCAUGGGUCACCAAAGAUACAUCUACCGAACGAUAUUUAUGGUGUGUAAAACUUCAAAGUCUUAUGCUCUGUCUUACUUUUGUAUUCCUAUGGUUCAUAACUGUGAUUUAUUAAUUUUAGAGAUGUUCAACUCUAUAUCCUGCAUCGAGAACUUAAAGAACUGCAUAGUGUAUUUUUGCUGUCUUGAACAAGAUAUAUGUAGCUAUAGAGUAUGAAAAGAUUAAUGGAACUGUAGUGGUAUACAUUUUCUGAAUAUUUUUACAAUUUUUGUAAGUGGAUUUUAUAAUGAUUUUAGUGAAAUGUGAAAAAGUAUUACUUUUACCUGUUUUAUACCAGAAAUAGUGUUGAUGUACCUGAGUGUUAAAAAGGCUCAUAACCUGUAAGAAGUUUUAUUCUCGUCCAGUACUGGAUAAAUAUAAGCUUUCGAUUAUUUAUUUUCAUGUUGGAGUCGAAGUAUUUUUACAUUUCACAGAUUAACUGAAGCCUUUGAUAUUGCUUUUCCAAGUAGCAACCAAAAUGUUUUCUUUCAGCAUAACCUAUACCUUGGGCUACAUUACAGAUCAGUUUGUCACUACAACCUGCAUCCCAAAAAAUAUAGGCAUAAAAAAUAUUGUCAGUGCUCUGAUCUUUUCCUGUUUGCAUUUUUAUGAUGUCACGUAUUAUAACAUCACUUCGUCACAGGAUGAAGCUGACAUCCAGUAUUGGUAGAUUCAAUUGAAGGCAAUUCACAGAGUUGUGGUUUUCCAAUAAAAACUGAUCUGAUGUUUGGUAUGAAUAACAAUUUGAUCCCAGGGAUCACCAUGCUUAGCAGCAUGUUGAAACUGGGGAAACUCAUUCUCAGAUCCUGUUUGAAAUGAAUAUCAAAACUUCCUACUCCUGUGUUGAUUUUUGAAGGUAUUUUUUGUCAUUUUUAAAACAGUUGUGGAUAAAUAGUUUUGCCUCACUCCUUUUUGAAAAUUUACAGUUAUGAAAUGUAAAUCAUAAUUGGCAAUUAUUCUAUAGAGUCAUGCAUUUUAAGUUCCAGAAAAUCAGAUACAAGUUGCACUGAUUCAGUGUUACUUUUGUCGUCUCUCUCUCUCUCUCUCUCUCUCUCUCUCUCUCUCUCUCUCACUCCCUCUCUCACUCAGUUAUGUUACCCUUUGUUACAUUGUGUGUGACUACGUGUUUGACUAUUCAGCGGAUAUGCCUUUAACAAAUGUUACCUGUUUUUUUUCCCCCAAAAUAAGUUGACUAUGCUUGAAAAUUGGCAGUUCACUCCACUUUAAUAUUUAAAUUGUAGACUUGAUUUAACAGUGAUUGGUGUUAGUAUCUGUGUGGAAUGUUUACUUGGGUAAAGCAUUUUGUUUACAUUGCUAACAAUCGGAAACGAGUAACACUAAUCUGUAUUGUCUUCAUUCUUUCUUAGGCAAACUAUGAAGCAUCGUAUUCCAUGACAGCCAUUAGUAUAAUGAAUAUAUCUUUUAGUUAAAUGUAGCAAAUCAGAACUUAUACUGAAUUGUGUCAGGCUGUGGAUGUCUAUAAAUCAGUUGUAUGCUAUAUGCCAUAUGAGAGUGCACUGGUGUAAUGGUCACCGUUAAAGAAUACAAAUCUCCAACAGUUAAAUAUAUCUGUUACUGAACUUGGUCAUUUUUUGUAAAUUGAGAAUUUUUUUAAUGUCUCACAAACUCAAAUGGAAGAAACCUGACAGAUGUUAUAGAAUCAGAGAUACAAAUGAAAUGUGGCAAGUGUCUUUGUUUCACUUUGUGUGUCAUGUAUAUAUUAAGAUUAUUGGUCAAUGUGCAUAUUAACAUUCAGGAUACAUCAACUCUAUAAUUGUAUUUAGUAAAAAUUGUUUUAAAUUUUUGUUGUGUAUUUUUUUUUUUUUUUUACUUAUUUUGAGGGUAAAAAGUGAAUUUAAAUAGCCUAUGUAACUAUGUUAAUCAUUAUUGCAUUUACUGUUUACCUUGAAAGGAACGAGAAAAUGUAAUAUACAUGCAACUUUGUGCCUUCCUGAGUGCAGCUUUUUUUUGUCGAGUAUAUUUUCUAAGUAUUAACCAUUCUGCAAUGCUAGUCCUUUACUGCUGUUACUUAAUGUACCACAAUGUAAAUUUCAUUCUGGAGCCCAUAACUAUUGUUACUGGCUUCCUGUUUCACGUGACAAUGUACUUACCUUUGUAUCACAGAUUGAGGUGUCAGUUUAUUAAUGAAAUAACUACUCAGGUAAUUCCUUUCACAACUGCCAUAUUCAUAAACAUACCAUUUGUUGUUAUAGCACAAUUAUGAUGCUGUAUAUAGGUCAGCAUUCCAAAAUACUGUGUCUUCAAGGGCAUUAAUUGAGAAAAGAUCAGUAACAUCUGCUAGAAAUUCAAGUUAAAUAUUGCUAGUGACAUUUCCGAAAGGGUGGUUGGUUUAUUUAAUGAUCAGUUUUGUUUAUGGUGGCUUCUUUAAUAUAAAAAAUAAGGAAGAUAAUUAUCUUCUGAUACUCAUAAUUAUGGCUGUGGUGCAAGCACCAAUUUUCUUACCCAUGGCCUGAUGUGUGGUGUUGGUAAAUUGAAAAAAUGCUUGAUUUUAUUAUCAGUACGAGUAUGCUGACUGCAGUAUCAGAAUACAAACUGAACUGUAAAACUGCUAGCAUAACAAUGAGGUAUUUUCGUUGACUCAUCAAGUUUCUGAUGAAAGUAAAUCACUUAUCGAACAUGGCAGCUGUGAUUGUUACUACUGCAUCAAUUUAAAAAAAAAAAAUUCUGUGAACUAUGUAGGUCUCAUUUAAAUGAAACAUUAUAGUCAGUAAUUAGUAAUUAAUUUCCUGUGCACAUUUUCUCUCUCUCUCUCUCUCUCUCUCUCUCUCUCUCUCUCUGUGUGUGUGUGUGUGUGUGUGUGUGUGUGUGUGUGUGUGUGUGUGAGUGUGUGUGUGAGAGAGAGAGAGAGAGAGAGAGAGAGAGAGAGAGAGAGAGAGAGCAGGGCUCCAGCAAUGUCACCACUGAAAUACCAUGUGUCUUUUUAUUUCUGUAUCCUUUACAGUUUUUCAGUGCAAUUUGCAUUUGAUUUUUAUGUAUUUUCUGUAUUAUAAGCUGGCACUCUUCCAAGUAUUGUAGAAUAAUUUUGAAAAGCUAGUGUUAAGAUGUAGUGGUUAUGAAAUGUGUGAUUUCUCUGCCCAUGACACUUUUUUCCUUUAAUUAUUAAUUUACUAAGCAAGGAUAUAUUGCUCCUAGGAUGCAUCUAUGAAUUACUUUCUGUGAAGCUUAAUUUUCUCGUCAUUUGGCUGUAGCCGGUUUAUUGUACUGUAGCCAGUGGCUGUAAUUCCCAGAAGACACAUAGAUGUUAGAGAUUUGCUUUGCUGAUGUGGUAGAAUGUUGUAUAGACUUCAGUGCCCCUUGGCUUUGUACCAUAAGACAAGUUUUUUUUUGUGUGUAGAAAUGAAUCAUGAUUUAUGAAUGUUCCAGUAAAGUAUAAACCAAAUUGUGCCAGUGAUUACUAUGAUUUUUACUGGCAUAUAAGGAUGAUGUCUCGACCAUACACCAAUAAUGUCAUGUAAUUAUACAAAUGUUUGACAUUUGUCAAUUCUUGUAUUGUGUGUAAAAUUAUUUACCAAAAAAGCAAUAUCUCUGGUACCCACAGGGCUAGUUUGAGAAGAUUUUUCCACACAAGCAACACCACAUCUACCCCCCCUACCACCCACCCACACACACACACACACACACACACACACACACACACACACACACACACACACACACUUUUUUCACUUGUCAGUUUUUGCUGCUAUGAUACACACAGUAUGCAAAUUGUGCACGUGGGUUCCUCUCUCAGCUUUGUCCCCCAAGUGGCUGCUACUAAUUGGCAUAAGUGCAUUAUAGAAUUUUUAUAUUGUUGUGCCUCCGAUGCCCUCUCAGCUUGUCUCUCCGAAUGGCGGCUAGUGCAGUUUGGGUCCUAAAAAGCCCCAAGUACACACACUGUGGUGGCAAUAGAAUCUCAGGUUAUUGUUUAAAAUUUACAUAUUUCUGUAUAAAGUAGUAGUACUGGCUGUGUGUCAUAACAUUAUGCUUUUUCGCAUGCCAAAAUUGAAUAACUUGUAUUUGCCAAGGACUGUAUCUUUCACAUGGUGCUAUCAUUUACCUGUAAUAUUCAAUAUAGAGAACUUUAGGGACUCUUGCUGCAUAAUUAUCAUCAUCAUACAAUGGAAAGUCCAGGAUUGAAUAACAAUAUGGAAAGAACAUUUUCCUACUCACCACAUAGGGGAGGUGUAGAGUUGGACAGGCACAGUGAAAAGAAUGCUAGAAAAACAAAGCUUUCGGGCAAAGUGCUUCCUCAAAAGUAGAACUAUACAUGUUUACUUACCAACUUCUCAUGUAAAUGUGACUACUGUCUUUGGGUGGUACAGUGGUCAGGUGUUAGCACAUGGAUACAGUAGCUGUGUGUGCGUGUGUGUGUGUGUGUGUGUGUGUGUGUGUGUGUGUGUGUUCUGAUUAAGGACUUUGUCAAAAAGCUUUAUAUUUCUAGUAUUCCUUUUAUUGUGACUGCCUUAGAAUCAGUGCCUCCUCUAUGUGAUGAGUAGCAAUCCAUCAUUUACAUAUUGUUCAUAAUAAUAAUAAUCAUGAUCAUAUUUAUGAUUAUACAUAGACUUGUUAGUUGGAAUAACAACAUUAGUGACAGAAAAAGAUUAUAAAUAUUUUAUGAAUUUUAUUUUUAUGCUAACAUUUCUGCCUCUUAGCAGAUAUAUAUAUAUAUAAAACUAGACUAACUAGACACAUUAUUCGACAGAUAUGGGUUGCAACAUGUCUUGUGGUACAUUUAGUUCACCUUAUUACAUAGUGUCGUUGUUUUCCAUAAAACAGAUGUCUUAGUAAAAAACACAUUAAGAUAUAAAUAUGUUCAGAGAAGAUGCCAGUUCCUGUGUUGAUAACAGAAGUGCCAAUUCACUCCUUACAAUUUUUGUACACACACAAUGGAAAGGAUGAUGAAUAAUAAAAAUGAAUCAGUUAUGUACCUGUA